AGCUCAGGGACUCCAGAAAGGUCUAUGCUGGUGGCUCAGGGGCAGUUCAGGGUGCUGAAGGUUCCUCUGGGCUUCAUCAAGGCCUUACAAUGGUUCUUCGCCAUCUUUGCCUUCUCCACCUGUGGGAGUUAUUCUGGGAUGUUCAAGAUGUCGGUGGAGUGCAAGAACCGGACGGAGAGCGACCUGAGUAUAGAGGUGGAGUUUGAGUAUCCAUUCAGACUCCACCAGGUGUACUUCGAUGCCCCGACCUGUAAGAACCGGGAAACAGAGCGUUGCUUCCUGAUUGGCGACUACUCCUCCUCGGCCGAGUUCUUCGUCACCAUCGGCGUGUUCGCCUUCCUGUACUCCACGGCGGCUCUCAGCAUCUACGUCUUCUUCUUCGAGAAGUACAAGGAGAACAACAAGGGCCCACUCAUCGACCUGGGUGUGACCGCCGUCUUCGCCUUCAUGUGGUUGGUGAGCUCAGCAGCCUGGGCUAAAGGUCUGUCUGAUGUGAAGACGGCGACCGACCCCGAUGAGGUCAUCACCUUGAUCUCCGCCUGCGACAUGGAGUGGAACCGCUGCCGUGAAGUCCACGACCCGGUGAUGUCCGGACUCAACACCUCUGUGGCAUUUGGAUUCAUUAACCUGAUCCUGUGGGUGGGAAACCUGUGGUUCGUGUUUAAGGAGACGGGCAUCAUCGCUCCCUUCAUGCGAGCUCCGCCUCCUCAGGACAAAGCCGCCGCCGCACCAGAAGCGUACGGCCAGCAGGCGGGUUACGAGCAAGACCCGUACGCCAGCAACCAGGGCGGCUACCAACCCGACUACAACCAGCAGCAGGGGUACAACCAGGAUGCAGAGUACGGUCAGGGCUACGGCCAGCAGGGGGCGCCCACCUCCUUCUCCAAUCAGAUGUGAGCUGACAGGUAGCAGGAAACGUCGGAGUGAACCAACAGUGGGUCGCCUGCAACCUACCCACAAUGCAACACUCCUGCCUGUCUGCAAAGUUAAGGGGUGGGGGGGGAGGGAGGGGUUUAGAUGUUCACUAUUAUGAAUCGAUGUGUAAAUGAUCAAUAAGAGAGUUAUAGAUAACAACAACCCACAACUUGAAAACAAGCACCAGAACAACAACAACAACAACAACAACAAACCGACCAAUCGAGCGUCUCGUAGGAGCGCUGAUGUUGAUAAGAGUUAUUAAAGAACAUAAUCUGUGAGAGAAUGUAUGUUUGUGUUGUAUAGAUAUCACUUUGAACAGAUAUAUAAUAUAGACUCAGCUGUUUAUUCAUGUUUCCUAUUCUACCCAAUGAUCGGCCCCGCCCCUCGCUAAGCCCCGCCCACACCAAGCAGCUGACCAGGUUCACAUCGACCAGUUAUGAAGCGGGUCAGACUGGGUUCACACUGAGACGACCCAGAUUCAAGAUCAAUCUGGAUCAGAACCGUCAGCCCUGCGUCCACCACCAUCACCUCCAGCUGUUUCCUGUUUGUCUUGCUGCAUGUAAAUAUCAACACAGGAAGUGAUGUCAUCCCGGAGACGCAGUUAACCCAGUCUGGAUCAGGCUUCAUGGUGACGUCUUUGGAAACUGGAUCCAAAAAGUCUCCUGCUCCUCUCAGUUUGAGUGUUUGCUUUAAGAGCUCCUGUCAGUCACAGUUAGGGGCGUGUCCAGACGGGGCCCUCCUUGAUUCUGAUUGGCUGUCAUAGAAUUAGAUUUGAUUGGUAGAGAGGGAGAGGGUAAAUAAAGUCUAUUCAUUAAACCUCAUGCCCCUGACCCUGAAUCAGUCCGAGUCCGCCAAGUCACAAAGUCUGGACACGCCCCCGACCACAGAGGGCGCUCCACAAACGUCCGUCUGAAUCAUUAUCACCCGAAGAGACGAGCUGCUUCUGAUGGUUUACAAAAACCUGUUAGCGUCCUCCUCUGAAGACCGGAUCAGCUCACAGGACUCUGACCCUGCUGAUCCGUUCCAUUAAAGGAGACGAACUUAGCUUACUGAAGCUAACUCAUGUUAGCUUUAAAAUCAAACAUGACGAAUUAUUUAAGUUUAACUUCUUUAAUCCUCGACACGUGACAGCGCUAACAGAAACCGCUCACAGAAACCGCUCACAGAAACAGCUCACAGAAACCGCUAACAGAAACAGCUAACAGAAAUCGCUAAUCGAAACAGCUAACAGAAACAGCUAACAGGUAAACAGCUAGCAGGUAAACAGCUAGCAGGUAAACAGCGAGCAGGUAAACAGCUAGCAGGUAAACAGCUAGCAGGUAAACGGGUAAAUAUUUAGUGAACAAACUUUAGGUCGUUAAACAGAACCUGUGUUCAGCUAACGUUAGCAAAGUGUAACAAACGUGUAGCUAGCUUACUAAGGUCGCUAACUGAACCUGCUGCUAACGGCCACCUGAAGACAAUCAGCACGUCUCCUCUGAAGGAUGCUUCCUCGCGUCUGUCGCCUCCUAAACACUAAAAGGAAAGUGCGAACACGAACUCUGAGGUCACUCUGAGGUCACUCUGAGGUCACUCUGAGGUCACUCUGAGGUCACUCUGAGGUUACUCUGAGGUCACUCUGAGGUCACUCUGAGGUCACCGCGAAACAGACGUCAGACAGUAAUGCUAAUCAUGUUAGCUAACAUCGAUCAAAUUCAAAAUGUGAAGGCUAGCUUGCGUCAGAAGAACAUGCUAACUCAGCUAGCUCUUUGUCGUGAGGUUACUUGAACGCACUGCUUACAGAACAAAGUGGCUGCUAUUAUUAUGUUUCCUUAAGGACAGAAGGAGGCGAAAGAGGAUGCUUCCUCCCUCCUCAUCCCCUCGUGGUCUGAGUUGUUCAGACGGACGUUUCUGAGUGUUCUGACCCGUCUCCUCCUCAGCUCUCAGCCAAUCAGCUGCAGCCGUGAGCCGGUCAGACUCUGCGUGCGGCGCUCUCUGAGGUUCAGGUUCUCCCUCUGGUUUGUUUGUUUGUUUGUUUGUUUGUUUAUUUGUUUGUUUGUUUGUUUGUUUGUUUGUUUGUUUGUUUGUUUUGGAACGUGGCGGUGUUUUAGCGUCGGUAUCUUCCUCCGCAUGGUGACGUGUUUUCUGCUCGUGUUGUACAGUAACUGAUGAUCAGUGUGAUUCUACUUCCUGUUCUCCUGUACAGGUGUGUGUGUAAGUGUGUGUGUGAGAGAGAGUGUGUGUGUGUGUGUGUGUGUGAGAGAGUGUUUUCACCUUACUUCAGUCUCCCUUUCUUCUCUCUUCAUCUUUAACUCUUUGAUUUAACUUCCUCCUCUCCUUCUUCUCUUUCUUCUGUCCUUCAUCUGCUCUUCUUUUUCUCCCUCUCCCUUCAUUUUUUUCUAAGUUGUAACACUCUGAUCCUCUCUCCUCCUUCUCCUCUUCCUCCUCCUCCUCUUCCUCCUCCCUCUUUCCUCCUCCUCUCUCCUCUCUCCUCCUUCUCCUCCUCCUCUCUCCUCCUCUUCCUCCUCCCUCUUUCCUCCUCCUCUCUCCUCCUUCUCCUCUUCCUCCUCCCUCUCUCCUCUUCUAUCAUUCUUCUUCUGGUCGUUCUUCUUCGUGACUCUCCUCUCUGCCUCUGUGAUGUAACUUCCUGUGUGAUGGUAUUCUAUUGAGCAUCAGUAACCAUGGCGACGGUGUUGACAGUAAUGACUACGAUGAUGAUGUGUGUGACUUGUUGCUAUGGAGACGCUCCGCCCCUCCCUGCUGUGUUUAUUCAGUGUAAAGUUUCAAUAAACGACAAACGGAGAACGAGA